AUGGCCACCUGCAACAAGCGGCCCGCCGCCGUCGACCGCCCGGGAGCGACCACCUGCCGCAAGAGGAGGCGCGUCGUCGGAACCACCGCGGACUACGACACGGAGGCGCGCCUCGGCGAGGGCAUGUACGGCGUCGUCGUCAAGGCGCGCCAUCGCGCCACCGGCCAGGCCGUGGCCAUCAAGUCCCUCUGCAACCCCUUCAACGAGCACGAGCCCGCCGACGCCCGCGAGGUGCUGCGCGAGGCUCGCUUCCUGGAGGCGUGCGGCGGCCACCCCAACAUCGUCGGCUUCCGCGGCGUCGUGCGCGACUACGUCACCGACGAGCUCUGCCUCGUCAUGGAGCACGUCCAAGGGAAGAGCCUCCACCGCCUCCUGCGCGAGAGCCGCGGCGGGCUCCCGGAGAACACCGCGCGCGGCUUCAUGUGGCAGCUUCUCGCGGCGGCCAGGAGGAUGCACGCCUGCCACGUCGUCCACCGUGACCUCAAGCCGGCAAACAUUAUCGUUAGCGGCGAAGAAGAAGAAGAAGGAAUCACCAACCUCAAGAUCUGCGACUUUGGUGCCGCCCUGUCCCUGUCGGAGGCGCCGCCGUACGAGAACGCCGGCACGGGGUGGUACCGGGCGCCCGAGAUGCUCCUCGGGUUCUGCAUCCACGACGCGCUCGUCGAUACGUGGUCGCUCGGCUGCGUGAUGGCGGAGAUCCUCAUCGGCGAGAGGCUUUUCCAGGCGGACGGACCCGUCUCGCUGCUCAGCAGGAUCUUCGAAGUGGUCGGCGCGCCAGACGACGUAACGUGGCCGGGGUUCACUUCCAGGGAGUUCGCGCCCGAGGUGCUAACGGGCCAACGGAGCACGCUGCGAGACAUCUUCCCGGAGGAGAAGCUGUCCAAGAUGGGCUUUGAUCUCCUCAGCGGCCUUCUUACCUGCAACCCCGACAAGCGCUUCACGGCGGCCGCCGCGCUCAAGCUGCCAUGGUUCGCCUCCGUUGCUGCAAACGCUCAACCUCUUCUUCUUCUUCCUGCUGCUGCUGCUACGACGGCCGUGUCCAUAAAGGAGGAGGAAGUGGAGACCGCUCCAUCGACGCUGCGCAGAAAGAGGGUCACCGCAAAGAAAUCCAUGUUGCCCGUAAAGAAGAAGACGCAGCUGAUCGUUCCACCGGCUGACAUGAUCGAAGACGGCCACUCCCGACACCUGGAGUAG